CUUAAAGUCGAGAAAUCGGAAGAUUUAUUAAUGUCGUUAAAACAAUGGAGCACCAUGAACGAUUGUUUUCAGAAAGGUACAUACCUACAUAUUAACUUAGGUCUAGUUAUGUAUAUUCGUACCUCUUCAUGCUUCUUUCCUUUCAAUAUUCCUAUUAAGGUAUUUAACGGUUAAGGUUGUGUUGUGCAACAAACACUUAAACCAAUAAAAGGGAGCUUUCUAUCAUAUCAUAUCUCACCUUCUCAAUACCUACCUACCUCAUAGCUCACUCGACCUGCUGUUAGUUUACAAGAGUGGGGAAGCUGCGCCUCGUCCCGGCCUUGAGCAAGCUGGUAAGGCUCUAGGCUCCCUCACCUCACCUCACAACAACCUACGUAGUAUAGGUAUUCAGUAAUUCUCUUAUGUUGCAACCGAGCGAGCUGCUCAACUACUCCUCAAUACACAUCGUAAUUGUAGCAGCUCUGCAAUAAUGGCGAAAUAUAGUUAUACCCGGCGAGGCUCCAUCCUCACCCCGAGCGACCGGAGCGAAUCCCCGCCGCCGCCUUACUCGUCUCUUCCAGCAGGAUCCAGCUCCUCGAGCCCUCGUGGGCCCUCAGAACAGACCCCGUUAAUUCGGACUAAGAUUCAACAAAGACAAGUCCACAUCAACAUCCAAAGACCGCCCUACACAACACCGUCUUACGCGCCUAUCGGAGAAUGGUUUAUAGUGAUCUUGUUUUUCCUCUUGUUUUUCCUCCUCUCUGCUGCGUUUAUCUAUUUCGUCCCCAUCUUCUUCGGUCUCAUCAAGAGCAUAUUCGUAUCCCCACCCCCUCCUAUUCACGCCAUUGCCAUUAUCGGGGCUGGACCAGCUGGCAUAUGUGCGGCUCAGCACUUAUACCACAAGGCGAAUGCUCGAGGCAUACACGUCAACAUCACUAUAUUCGAGUCCGCCCCCUUAAUCGGAGGGCAACUAGCUCUAAACAGUUCCACCGGCAGUCAAGUCUUUCCUUACGAUGAUCCCACGCAGGACCCUAUCAUCGCCGAAGACAUCGCCGGAACCGGCUUAUUAUGGGGCAACCCGCUGUUUUCGAGGGCGUCGGAGAAGACGCUUGGAGACGAGGUUCGGACCUCUGAGGCCGGUAGCCAGCGGGUCAGCUACUUCAACGGCGACCGCGUCAUCGCGCAGACCACCCGGCCCUACACCAAAACACCGUUCUUCGACUGGACGGGGUUAAUAUUCCAAUACGGAAGCUCCGUCUGGUCCGCCGGCGCCAUGGCAAAGCAAGGCGCCGAACUACAAGACCGCCUCGUAGACGCGCCCCUAGUACCGGACCUCGCGCAACUCUUAAUUUCCUUAGGUGUCUUCGACUACGCGAAGAAGUCUACGGGAAACGAGCUCAACGACCGCGGCAUCGGCGGCGGCUACGUACCCGAAGUCCUGGCCCCUGAAGUCGGCCGCAUGUACUCCCAGAACGUGGGAGAUAUCAGUGCCUUGGCACUAAUGCUUGCCGCAGGCAUAGAAGACACCGCGAACGCAUAUGAAGGCGGCGAGCUCCUCGAGAGGCUAGAGAUGAUCGUCAGUGCGAUCGGUGCGAACGUCCGAGAGUCGACGGAAGUCCGCGGCGUCAAGUACGCACAAAUCAACGAGCACGAAUCCACUUGGCUCGUGCAAUACACCACCCCGUCAGGACGUCUACAAGCCGAAGCAUUCGAGAAAGUCAUCCUCGCCGCCCCGAAAUUCGACUUAUACCGCGCCGCUUCCGCCGAGGACGUCGAGGCCGCUUCGAUCCUAGCAUAUCGCGCGGCGUACGUUGCGUUUUUCACGGUGCCGAGACGAAUCGACGCCUACGGCGACGUGAACCAGGUCCUGUUCCUCGAGAACGCCCUUGGAGGCGUCAGGGAACUAGCGUUCGUGAGAGACGUCGUCCGAGUUGAAGACGACGGCAGUAGUACCGUCGAAUACUUGUACCGUGCUCUGGCGGACAGCGAUGCCGUAGAGCAGCUGGAACAACUGAAUCUGGGGAUCACCUGGUUGUACCAGGAGAAGCUUGAAAACGCCUACCCCUUUAUAUACCCAUCUAGCCGAUUUCUGCCAUUUAAGCUAUCCGACAAAGGCCUAUGGUGGACGUCGGCCAUCCACACGAUCGCAAGUACGGUCGACACGAGUUGCCUAGCUGGAAAGAUAGUUGCGGAACAACUUAUUAAUGGUUUGAAGAGAUAGGCCAGAGAUAAGUAAGGGCAUUGGAGUUGAUAUUCCGAACAUCCCAAAUGCCACAUACAGAUAUAUCAUCAUAGUUAAACCUAAUCUCUAGAAAGCAUGCAUGUUUUAUGAAAUGAGAAAUGAGAUUGAUUCCCGUAUCGCCUCUAUAAA